AUGACGGCACAUGACGCCAACCUGCUGCUGCUGCUGCUGCUGCUGCUGCUGCUGCUGCGUUCAGGGUGUGAAGAGGUCACUUUGUGGGAUGGCAGUCAAGGUCAAGGCACCGUUUUAACGGUGCGCUGCCAGCGGGCGCUGGAGGGCGCCUAUCUGGGCUGCAGCAUUGCCGUGAAUGGUGUCUGCCUCACGGUUGUGACCAUGAACCCCGAGGCCGAAGGUAGUGCCGCUGGCACCUUUGUCGUCAACCUGGCUCCUGAAACACUGCGCCGCUCCAAUUUGGCCCAGCUGCGCAUGGGUGACGGUGUCAACCUUGAGCGAGCCAUGUUGGCGACCGAUCGUAAUAGUGGACACAUGGUGCAGGGCCAUGUCGAUGCUACGGGCCGCGUCGUACGCCGCUAUCGCGAGGGAGACUCGUUGUGGAUCCAUGUGCAAACCGACGCCCAUCUUAUUGCCCACAUCGUUGAAAAGGGGUUCAUCGCCGUGGAUGGCACUUCUCUCACCGUCUGCGAGGUCGACCGUUCUGCCCACACAUUCUCGUUCAUGCUCAUCCCGCACACACAAAGUGCCGUGGUCAUUCCACGUCGACAAAUUGGCCACGAAGUCAACCUAGAGGUGGACGUCGUUGCCAAGUAUGUGGCGGCCAGUAUGCAGGGCUUUGAGGCUCGCCUAGCAGCCCUGGAGCUGGCUCGCGGUGCCGAUUCCACGACUCCCAACCCCGCCGCGACAGCAGCUACUACCCCGGCCGCCCCUCAGACGCACCAGUCAGUGAUUCCAGGGAUGACUGCAGUCACGGCCAUGCAAACAUCCGCCACGGGUGACGAGGAAAUCCAGGAGAUUCAGCGCCAGGGCAAGACUGUUCAUGGUGAAGGCCUGUCUGUACCCGACCUGCCGCGCGAGCUCGCUCAACAUUGCCGCAUUGGCGUGGUGUACACUUGCUGGCAUCCGGAGCUCAUUAACGCCCUCCGCGAUAACACGCGCGAGCAGCUCGUUGCCAAAGGCGUGCUUCCAGAGAACAUUGUUGAGAUGGCCUGCCCAGGGUCGUAUGAGCUCCCGUACGCCGCCCGUUGUCUCAAACAUAAGACCUCGGGGCUGUCCGCCAUCAUCUGCAUCGGCAUCCUCAUCAAGGGCGGAACCAUUCAUAUGGAGGUCAUUGCUAAUGCGGUCAGCUCGCAAAUCAUGGAGCUGCAGUUUCAGCUCAAAAUACCGGUUAUCUUCGGCGUCCUCACAGUCAUGAGCCUUGAGCAAGCAGCAGAACGUGCACACAGCUCGCUCGGUGCCUCGUGGGCCAACUCAGCGCUGGCCAUGGUCAACAUCGAUCAAGAGGUGCGUCUUAGACUCGCGUCCGCGGAGCAAAUCAGGAGGAAUCGUGAGGUCCAAUAGCGGACGCCAGGAUAAUUGAGAGACGUGUGAGUUG